CUAAGUACUGUAUUUAGAUGUUUGUUAGCAAACUGCUAGAAGAAUGUCGAUUCCUUCUUAACACCUGUGGAAUGGAGGGACAAGCAGAGGGAAAGCUCGACCGAGUUAUCGUUUGUCAAACCCCCCUUGACAACUUCAGGGGGUAGGCAAAGACUGCUAGUUUAGGUGUCCACAACUAUCUCCUUUCACAUCACUUUCUCAGCCACUUUCUGCGUAGCUCUUGACCAAAAUUUUCUCCCUUCAUUAACAUCUCACAUGUUUUACUAUGGUCAGUAGUAUAUCGUACUACGAGGAGUUGUUAUUCACUCAAUUAAUGUGAUUUGCGAUCUCUUUCUAU